UCACCGGUUUGUCCCCAGUCCGCCGGCAGCCUUCAAAUGGUGCGAGUGCAGCGCUGAGGCAGCAGUCAGCCUUCACACACAGGAGGGACAACACAAGUCAAGAUGGACGGACGCACUUUACUCGUCUGCCUCGGGUUCAUUUCUGUGGCUUCAGCCACGUCCACAGUGGUGGUGGACCCCAGAGGAGCUCGUCCGGUGGAGCACGGCACCAGAGCCGAGAAAUGUGCCACUCAGAAGGAGUGGCCUUUCUGCACAGACGACGAAUGGGGCCCUAAAUGCCCGUCGGGCUGCAGGAUUCAGGGUCUGCUGAAUAAAUUCGACCACGACCAGCUGAAGAAGAUCGAGAAGAUCCGCAGCCUGCUGGAUCAGAACAAGGUGAAGCACCGCUCUACCGACGUGGUGUCCAAACAGACCUACGACUACCUGAAGGAUAAACUCACCGUAGAUAGUGGUAGCGACAACAGCUACUACGACCUGGCCCAGAAUCUGCGUCGGAGGAUCACAGACAUGAAGAUCAAGAUCGACCGGCAGCUGAGGAUCCUGGCCGCCCUGAAGGAUCGAGUCAAAGACCAGGUCGUGGAGAUGCAGAGGCUGGAGGUGGAUAUUGAUAUUAAGCUUCGUUCCUGCAAAGGAUCCUGCGAACGCUACUCCGAGUACCAGGUGGACCACGAGAGCUACGUGGUGCUGGACAAACAGGUGAACCAGCUGGACUCCCAUGCGCCUCAGAACAUCGAGUCUGUGGGGACGCUGUAUGUGAUGAAGAGCAGGCCGCUGCAGAACGUCGUCGUGGACAGCGUCUUCAAGUCCAAAGACGUGGCAGCGCAGCAGAAGGAAGACAUGUUCCCCGAGGUAAACACGGUCAGGCUGAUCCUCGAGGAGGAAGGCUCCAGCUCAUCCCCAGCAACUGUCUCCAAGGUCCCAGGUACUUCCUACGCUUCAUCCGCAUCCUCAUCAUCAUCUUCCUCGUUCUCCUCCUCCUCCUCCUCCUCCUCCUCUCCCACAUCAUCUAAAUCCAUCACUGAGCUUGGAGGACAUGGCCACGGCGAUUUGUUUGGUCAUGGUGGAGGGUUGGAAGGCCUCAGCCAGCCUAGUACAAGCCACGUGUCGACCAAGACCGUCAGCUGCACCAAGAGCACCAGGAGGACCAUCGUCCACACGAAGGACGGGCCGGUGGAAAAAAUGGAGGAAGUGAUAGAGGGAGGCCCUGAGUGCCAGUCCUUGACAGGCCUCUCUAAGGGAGAGUUGAGCUCUCUCUUCCCCACUGUCACCCACACAUCUUCCUCGUUCAGCCACACCGGUGGCACCAAAGGAAGCCUCUUAGGAGAUUCCAAAACUGAGUUUCAAAAUCCAUUUGGCUCUGAUUCCGGGUUCGACCUCGGUGCGUUCAUGACUGACGAUGCAGAGGAUGACGUUCCUGAUGUUCAUGCCCGGAGUGUGAAGAGCGUGCAUGUCGAGCGGCAGGACAGUUAUGUAGGAAAAGAUUGUGUCGAAGCCCACCAGAACCACCUCAAAGGGGAAACGAACGGCCUGUUUAAGAUCAGACCAGGCGGCACGGGUUCCACAGAGGUAGUGGAGGUUUACUGCCAACAGGACGGGUUAAUGGGUGGGUGGUUAUUAGUCCAGCAAAGAGAGAGUGGUGUACUUGGCUUCAACCGCACCUGGGCCGAGUACCGCAAUGGAUUCGGUUCAGUCGAUGAGAAGGGCAAGGGGGAGUUUUGGCUAGGCAACCAGAACAUCCACCUGUUGACGAAUCAGGGUGAGACCAUGCUAAAGGUCGAGCUGGAGGACUGGGAAGGGGGCGUAGCCAGUGCUGAGUACACAGUCAGGGUCGGUUCAGAGGAGGAAGGGUACCCGCUGCAUGUGUCGGGGUACACCGGGGACGCCGGCGACGCUCUGGUCAUGCCUAAGUCUGAUAUGGCGUCUUAUCUGUCCCACAACGGGAUGAAAUUCAGCACCUUUGACAAAGACAACGACAGGUGGGAGGAGAACUGCGCGGAGAUGUACGGGGGCGGGUGGUGGUACAACAACUGCCAGUCAGCUAACUUGAACGGGAUUUAUUAUAAAGGCACGUAUGACCCCGAGAAAAACACGCCGUAUGAGAUUGAAAACGGAGUCGUGUGGGUGACGUAUAAGGCGGCCAAUUACAGCCUGAAAACUGUCAGGAUGUUUAUUCGACCAGCUUCUUUUUAAUGGCACAUGGACCAAGACAAAGUCAUAUAAACGUACACUUUUAUGUAUUUAAACCACAGAAGUAGGAAAAACGGGCAAACAAGAAAACCCCGAGUGCGAAAUGAGACGAAGAAGCACAGAGUGAAGCUGCAGUUUCACGUUUGAGGCCAAAAAUCAAAGGUGGCUUCAGACCUUCAGGCUAUUGAUCUGUUCGUAAAUGAGUCUGAGAUUUCAAAAUCACGUCAAACAUUGCGAGUGUGUCCUCGUGGGUGUGUUGUGUAAAUGUUAUCGAUCUGUUUGUUGUUGGAGCGACGACUGAACUCUGCUCACUCAAUAAAGAUUCAGUGUUCACUUCA